UUUCACCAUGCAUGACCUUGUGAAUGAUUUGGCUAAAUUUAUAGCAGGAGAAUCUUAUUUAAGGUUGGAUGCUAAUUCUUCGAAAGUCCUUUUAAGGAAGAUUCGUCAUUUGUCAUGGAGAUCAUAUAAGAUCCUUGAUAACAACAAAUUAGAGGAUCUAUCCAAAAAUAAGGUAUUGCGCACUCUACUGCCACUCAAUGGAUGGAAUGAAGUAAAGAAAGAAUUCCUUAUACAACCUAAAAAGCUGCAAAAUUUUCAAUGUUUAAGAGUGCUUUCUUUGUAUGGAGCUGAUGGUGUCAUGAAGUUGCUCAAUUCAGUUGGUAAAUUGAAGCGUCUAAGGUAUUUGGAUUUAUCUUUCACUGAAAUUAAAGAAGUACCUGAUACAAUUUGUAGUAUGUACAAUUUGCAGACAUUAUCACUACAUCACUGUACCAAUCUUAAUCGGCUGACUGAUUCAAUUGGCAAUUUAAUGCAUCUAAGGUAUUUGGAUCUAUCAAAAACUGAAGUUGAAUGGAUUCCUGACACAAUGUGUAAUUUGCUGGAGUUGCAUACCCUGUUAUUGGGAUCUUGCAGAAAGCUUACCCGUCUGCCUACUGAUAUUGAAAAACUAACUAAGUUGCGCCGCUUGGAUAUUAGUGAUACAUCUUUGAAAGAGAUGCCACUGCAAAUAUCCAACUUGAGACAUCUGGAGAUGUUAAGUGAUUUCGUUGUAGGUACAAACAGUGAAUCAAGUAUUCAAAUGUUGGGUAGGCUUCAAAGUCUGCACAGAAAUCUUAAUAUUAGAAGCCUUGAAAAUGUAGAAAAUGUUGAUGAUGCUGGGAAGGCCAAUUUGAAAGAUAAGAUGUAUGUUACUGAUCUGAGUUUGGAAUGGAAUGGUGAUACUGGUGAUUCAGAUAAAGCUCAAGAGGUACUUAAAAGGCUUCAACCACAUACAGCCCUCGAGCGACUAUCUAUUAUAAACUAUGGAGGAAUAAGUUUCUCGGAUUGGAUAGCAGACCACUCAUUUUGUCAAAUAGGAUACAUGUGGCUAAGUAAAUGUAAAAAAUGUCGCAGUUUGCCACCACUUGGACAGCUACCUUCGUUGAAAUCACUUAGUAUUGAUGGAUUUGAUCUGGUGGAGAGAAUAGGGAAUGAAUUUUAUACUAGUGGUUCGCCUGGGGUGGCUAAACCGUUCAAGUCUUUGGAAAAAUUGGUUUUUAAAUCUAUGCCUCAAUGGAAGGAGUGGUCAUUGGUCCAAAGAGAAGUUUUCUCACAACUGAAGGAGCUUCAUUUAAUGGAUUGUCCAUCCUUGAAGGUGCUCGGGGCUUGCUUCCCUGAUUCUCUUCCAUCCUUGACACUUCUCUACACCUCGAAUUGCAAACAACCGGUGGUAUAUUCACUCCUAAUGGGUCAACUUCCAUCACUCGGCUCCUUGCACGUAUGUUAUUAUCCAGAAUUGAAGUCAUUUCCAGGGAGGAAGUUGCCCACUAAUAUCCAUACAGUUGAAAUUUGUGGAUGCAAAAACCUCAAGUCAUUUGCGGAAAAGGAAUGGCCUUCAAAUUUGAAAUCAUUUUCAAUUUCCAGGUGCGGAAAUCUGUUUGUGCACCCCACGCAGUGGAAUCUUAAAACACUUACCUCUCUUACGUCUUUAAAUUUCAACUGCAUAGAUGAAGAGUUGGGUUCAUUUCCAAAGGAGGGGCAGCUUCCCACCUCUCUAACUUCUCUCAAGCUAUCUGGUCUUAAGAAGCUCAAAUCUCUAAAUGGCAAGGCAUUUAAAGACCUUAUCUCCCUAGAAAUAUUGAGUAUUCAUCACUGUGAUCAGCUCAAUUGUUUGCCAGAAGAAGAGCUUCCUGCUUCUCUCAUUCUAUUGGAUAUCCUUUUCUGUGGUUUGCUAAAUAAUCGGUGCCAAAGAGACGUAGGGGAAGACUGGCACAAGAUUGCGCACAUCUCGCGCAUAUGCAUAAAUAACGAGUACAUAUGAUCAACACUUUGCAGAUUUUUCUCAGGCACUUUUUGUCCAUCUAAAGGUGGCUCACAUUUGUUGAUGAAAAAGCACCGAGUAAGAUGUUCUUCUAGAGCUUCAAUAAAAGUAGCCGUAUUAGCUUAUUGUUUCAUUUAAACGCCUUAUUGAUGUGCUAUCUUAUCCAUUUUAAUACAGUCCAUUUCGUCUUAUGUGGUUGGCACGUUAUAUUAAGUAAUAACAUUAGGUGCAGUUCAUUAUCAACAUGACUAAAACUAUACUACUCAAGCUUUUGCUUCUUAAAUUCAUCAGUUUGAGCACUUCUUGGCCAUCUCACUGUUCGAGUAAUACUGUUGGAUGCUAGUGCAGACUCUCUAAUUGCUUCGGAGUGCUUCCAGGAUUUGAAUCCUUAAAAGCUUCACUUAGUCCAGUUGCAGCUCAUGGUUACUAGAAGAUGGGCUCUCUACAUCUCACAGCUGUUUAGCCAGUGUGUCUGGCCUAUCACAGUCAGCAGUCUCUGCAUAAUGGAUUUAUUCUCCAGAUGUUUUUAAGUUUCCAAAAAAAAGUUUUCUUAAUUAAUUCUGGAUGUCUACAUUGUAUUGGAGAAUGAUUAGUACUCUUCCAUCCCCAGUGAGGAAGGAUUUAACUCAAGCAGUGCACAUUGUUCAAGGUGGUUUGCUUUUGUAGGCAAGGAAAGUGGAUGACUCGAGGCGGAAGCUAAGGGUUUGAGGGCUUUGUUCCUUCUGUGAGUGCAGGCACUAUGGUACAUUUCUGUUCAUUGGAGAUUGGAUGUAGCAAACAUGUAUGUCUUCCAGGGUGAAAGUUUAGCGACUUAAAAAAAUGGUAUUCGGGGAAUCAUAAGAGAUCAUAACCAUGAAAGGCAACUAAUGAAUUUUCAACCAGCUGUGGCAUCUUGUAUUUAUGCCAAACAAUGAGGGAGGUCAAUAAUACAUUUGGUAACAUAACAUUACUUU